UGUGUGGGUAUUGCUGGGGACCGGUCAGUAGUGAAAGCGCGUCCUCCGGGGCACCAGCGAAUGUACCUUCCGGAAGGGCCGCCCUGGCUUGUGUGAUAGACAUAUUCCAACAGCAUGCAGGACCCAAAUGCAGACACCGAGUGGAAUGACAUUUUGCGGAAAAAAGGCAUCCUUCCUCCGAAAGAUGAUCCAGAUAAAGAACGUGAGACGCUGGAGGAGGAGAUCAUUCAGAACCAGCAGUCGGUUGUUAAAAGGUAUGAAGACAUGACUCUGGAUGAGCUAGAAGAGAAUGAAGAUGAAUUUGGUGAGGAAGAUGAAAGAGCCAUUGAAAUGUACAGACAACAAAGACUAGCCGAAUGGAAGGCAAAACAGAUGAAGAAAGUGUUUGGAGAAGUUUUGGAAAUUUCUGGAUCAGAGUAUGUACAGGAAGUAACUAAAGCUAGUGAGGACUUAUGGGUAAUACUGCACCUUUACAAACAAGGGAUACCUAUAUGUGCCUUGAUAAAUAGGCAUCUUAGUGAACUGGCAAAGAAGUUCCCAGAGACAAAAUUUAUCAAAGCUAUAUCCACAACCUGCAUUCCCAACUAUCCAGAUAGAAAUCUCCCCACAGUCUUUAUUUACCGAGAUGGCGACAUUAAGACACAGUAUGUUGGACCCUUGGUAUUUGGAGGCAUGAAUCUAACAAAAGAUGAACUGGAGUGGAAGCUGUCAUGUUCUGGUGCAAUCAAAACUGAACUGGAGGAAAACCCAAGACAACAGAUUGAAGAUAAAAUGAUGUCAUCCAUCAGGACUAAUGCUCCAAAGGACAGUGAUUCUGAAGAAGAUUAGAUGUUGAUGUGCCAUGGGACAAAUUUUCUGAUUCGGUUGUUAUCAAGUAAUUCUGAUAUAAAGUGUACCCAAACUGUGCCUGUUUUGUUCCUUGAGCUUGACUGUUGGUGAAUGCAGAAUCUGCAAAAUUAACUGGCAAAGUGGGGCAACACAUUGAAUGAGAAUUUAAAAUAUGAAUUAAGAAAAUAUUUGAAAUGUUGAAGUGGUAACUUGGUAAAGUCUUUUUUUUAAUUACGGAAGAUGGGUUUAUCAUGAGAAAUAAGGCAUUAUCAUUCAAAGUAAAAUGAUGCAGAUGCUGGAAAUCCAAAAUAAAACCUGAAAAUAUGUAUAAACAUCUGUGGAGAGAGAAAUGGGUAGUAUUUUAGGUCAAUCAUUUUUAGUUGCAAAGUAAAUGGAGAGAGAGCACAAAGGAGAUUCUGUUGGAUAUUGGAAUUUGUCAUUAGACCCCCUUUUAGUUCUUUCACUCUGGUUGAAAAAUUGCAAAAUGUGUGGAGAAUAAAAUGGCCUAAGGUAGGAUUAGUAUAAAGCUACCUGAUAGUUGGUGUAAACUAGGCAUGCAAAGGACCUCAUUGUAUGCUAUAACAAGUCCUCGAUCAUUUGGCUAGGUGAUACCUGUAAUUGUUAUUUUAAUGGUUCUUGUUUUAUGAGCUUUUAUUUAAAGUUAGGACACUUCCUGUGAUGGCACUUAGUUUUAAAAUCUUUACAUACCGUCCAAUGCCAAUACCUCAACACAUGUUAAACAAAAUGAUUCAAUUCAUUGCCAUAACAUAGGGUGAAAGUGGAGUUCAUAGUCUGGAUCUUAAUGUAAAUGCAGAUGAUUGAGCUUUUUAUGGGAGAUUGUUAAAUUACUUUCUUAAGAUUACUACAUGGAUGGAUUUUCCCUAUUCCUCUGGUAAUUUCAGAUUUCUCCAGACACAUUGUUAUUCAAGAGCUUUUGCCACCCUUAUUCAGAUGGCAACACCACUAUUUGCAUUGCUCAUUAUUUUUAGGUCUCUACUAAUAUCACAUACUCCUUCCCCCUUCAUUCUCUGUGCAGUUUCAAUCUCUUCACAGAUGUUGCCUAAACCUGGUUAGUGUUUGAACUUGAUAUCAUACUUGCCGAGUAGCCUUUUUAAAAUACUGAUGAUGACUUUUUAAAUAAAGUGUUUCCAGCUGAAUUGAGCCACAGCAAUGAGCUUUCUGGGAAAUUUAAAUAGUGCAUUCAGAAAGCUCGUAAAAAUAGGCAAUUAAUGUGUUUGUAUACAGUAAAAAAGAUUAACUUGGCCUUCUUGAAGACUGACUAAAACUUCAAUUGUUGCAAGCUCCUGAAGAUGAAUGAUUUGUUCAAAAGUAAUGGUGUUAGGCAUUUUUUAAAAGAGUACGCCAAGUGCAAUUUGUGUAAAAUCCCUUUUUUUUUGCACUGGUUAUGCUGACUUCACUUAGAAGCACAAUUUGUGAAAAAUAUUCAAUGCUGUAAUUAAAAAAAAAACUAGAACUCAAGUUCUGGCCUUUGAAUCUUGUAUGAUUUUUCGAAAUGUUCUUUUCGUUUUAAUACUCAGAAAUCUUCAUUAUUAUUCAGUGGAAAAGCUCUUUAAAUUUUUUAUUUUACUGGUGAUAUUUUGUUCUAAAACAACAUUAAGUUAGAGAACAAAUGAAAGGAGUGUACCAAUUUCCAAAGUCUGUUGUCCGAACACUGGCUUCUCAGGACCACUAGACUGGAAUGAUUGCCCAAAAAAAAUAGUUGAAUGCACCGAAUAGUGAAUCUCAAUUUUAAGGAGUUCAUGCGCACUAAAAAUUGUACUGUUAAGGAGAUUUUACUGGUGGAAUAAUGGUAUAGAGAGCCCCCUUUAACAUAUUUGUACACAUAAUGUAUAUAACUGUAGAUCAAUUCACUUUCCUCCAUUAUCAGAAAUUGAGAACGAACAGACAUCAGUGGUGCUUCAAUAUAUUUGGGGAGUUGGUACAUUUAAUAAUUUGUGUAUUUGUUGGUCUUUUCAGUAAAUCAGAAUUGCAUUGUCCCAUGGAUCAGUGCAGUUGUUGGAGAGCAGGUUGCUCUGGAAGAAGCAACUAUGGAACAAAAUUGAAUGAUUCCUGCUGGAGAGAGUAUUUUAUUUUGUGAUGUGAGUACCCCCUCUAGAUCAGUGGGAGAGACUUAAUACAUUGAUACUCAUAGAAAGAUUAAGAUUAGCUUUAUUUGUCACAUGUACAUGGAAACAUGCAGUGGAAUGAGUUGCUUGUGUUAAUGACCAACACAGCAGCCCACAGGUGUUGCAUUCUUCUGGCACCAACAUAGCAUGCCCACAACAUACUACCACUAACAUGUAUGUCUUUGGAAUAUGGGAGCAAAUUAGAGCAUGUCAGGGAGCUCAUAUGGUCAUGGGGAGAAUAUACAAACUUUACAGGCUGCAACGGGAAUCAAACCCCAAUCUUACUGUCUCCGUAGAGCAUUGCACUAACUGCUACACUACUGUGCUGCUCAUGAUGUGGGCCCUCCUCAGCUUACAAAGACUUGACUUAUGAACACCCCAACAAAUGAAUGAGUUGAUUUAUUAAUUUAUGGCUAUAAAAAAAUUUUCUGAUGAAUUUUUUUUAAACAACGCUUGAAACAAGUUAACCUUCUCUUACUUGCAGCUAAGGUUCACAGUUAAAAGUGAGGCAAGUCGGAUAAUUUGCGGUUGGUCAGUGAGGUUGGAACCUGACCGUGUCGCUGUAUGCGUUGGAUGUGAUGUUCGUGAUUUGAACCCUGUGCCGUCUGUUCAGAGGUUUGUGUGGAGAUGGAUUUGCCAGCUUCUGUAGGGCUGAAGUAUCUUUUGCUGGGUGGGAAUGGAGCAUUUCCCCGUUUCAACUCUGCUAAGCAAUUAGGUCGAGCCAAGCAGAGCGGUGUAUGCUGAGCAGACUCACGGAGUUGGUGAAUAGGGCUGAUUUCUGCUUUUCCAGCACCUACCUGUGUCCCAUCGGGUUUUCUUUGAUUUGUCUUCCCACACGCUGUUUCUGUUCAUUUGUGACGACAAAACAAAAAUCAAGAUUAUAAGCAGUUCUCAGAAACCAAACCCUAUUAUCGUACACCAGGGAUUGUGUGUAAGUAAUGCCCAUUUAAGUCAUUGCUAGGAGCCAUCUGUGGAGUCAUUUAGAGUGAAUUUGGUGCCUCCAGGAAUGAAAUAAGAUAAAAAUCAAUUGCAAUGUGAAAAGGAAAAAAGUUCUGGCGUUCAUCAGCCAAGAACAAUUUUGUGUUCAUUGUGAGCGCAUUUUGUUCAAUUAUACCAAAAUGUCAUUGUUGUUUUACUUGUGUGAGCUUGGUUAGUGAACUGAAUUGCUAAGUGUCUAAGAAACUAUCCCUUCACAGAAGUUGAAGCUACAAGGGGGAGAAUUUUGACAGAUUUCACUAACCAUAAGUUUUAAGUCUUGCUAUUCACGUCCAAGGAGGUAGCCCUUGUGCUUUCUCACAUUGUUGAAUUGUUUUUGGUGUGCUGUUCCGGAAUAAUGUUCCGGAUCCUUCACACUCUUUUGCUCCAUCUUAGUUAAGAAGGGAAGUGGAAUUUAAAACUAAACUCAUCUUCUGAAAUUACUCAUUUCUGAAACAAUAUAUUUCAUUCCCUGAUGAAUAAUUGGUGCCGUCUUGAGAUUUAAAAAUGAACAAGUAUAAGAUUCUUGGGCCAACUAGUUUUCUUUUGAGAAAAAUAUUCAGUCUACUACCUUGCAAUGAAGUAACAAAUAUCACUGGAAUCAUGGGAGUUGUUUUAUUACAUAAAGAUUUAAAAACAAAAGACUUGCCAAAUCUAUUUCUGGUUUAUGUCACUAUUUUCUUUUUGAUAAAUUAUUUAGAUCUUUUACUUAACAUUAAUAGUCACCCAUGAUCUGUUUUUCAAAUUAUGCCUACGCAAUUUAAAAUUGCUCUUUCCAUUGGUUUCUGAGUCAAUAGAUACUUGAUCACAAAAAUCAAUAUUUUAAGAUCUAAAAAGAGUACAGUUUACUUUGGCAAAAGGACUUAACUAUUUUUCUGUAAUUCUCUUUUAUAUGAUAUGAACAGCACGGAUUGAUGGCAUUGAUACUGCCUAUUUAUUUAACCUUGCUUUUAACUAACAUCGUUUUGUCUUUUAUUUUCAUGUUUGCACUUUAUCCCAUUGUAAAACACUUUGAACUGCACUACUUAUAUGAAAAGUGCUCUGUAAAUAAGUUGUUAUCAGUAAGAUCAAUCUCCAAAUCAGAGGUUGUAUGGUGUGCAGAAAUAAAUUUAUAAAUCCAGGGAGUGAUUUCAUUCCAACAAUCUUUUUCAAAUGUUGCCAUUUUGAAACAACAUGUUUUCAUGGGCUCCAUCUAAUUUUGGUUAGAAAUUUCUGGCAUCCUUUCAUUUAAGAAUUAUUACCUGUACUUAUAACACUUGAUAUAUGUGAGCAGAAGUGUACAUAAUUUUUUGUGAUCUUAUUUCAUCUAUCAUCUCUGGGAUAGGGCAGGAAGGGAAGAACCAUGUCUUUCUGUUCAAAUGCAGUGGAAUUUGUAAAUAGGUUUGUCAGCUUUUGUUUUGAGACCUAGUGGAUUUGCUAGUCUCAGUCAAUUACAAAAAGCCAAUGUUGUAAAAUUGAACAAUCUUUAAACAGGAAUAAACUAACCGGUGACCUCCCUUAUAAAAGUGGAUUCCAAAAGGCUAUGUAUCUAUUGCCAAAUGACUUUUUAAUUACCUUUUUGUAAAGAGGUGAUAGUAUAUUAUGUAAUGAUCACACUUGAUAGAAAUACCUAAUAUA